AUGCUGCGAGCGUGUCUAGGUCACGGCGCGCCCUCGUCGAUCAUGAGACGAGGCAUACACAUGUCUCGCAUGGCGCACUUGGACUAUGUGCCAUCGCGGAAUCAGCUGCCUUGGCCACCUCUGGUUGUGGGCGAAAUGCAAAAGAGCCGCUUGCGCGAGCACUAUGAGCGUACGCUGGCCGCGGAUAUGAUGUACAUGAUGUACGAGCCCACCGGUCCAUCCGCGUCUUCCAAAGACUCGCCAGGCGACGGAACGAAUGAUCGUAGCCGCCGGUGGUCGAAUGACUCGCCGUAUCACGCCAACCGCCCUGCUCGCGCUCAGCUCGGUAACCGACCGCUCGUGCCUCUGCACAAGCCAUUGAGCAUGUCGCGGCACAUUGAGCAUGAUAUCCCGCGUAUUGACCGAAUUAUCUUCACGGCUUUUUGUCGCGAGGCCAUCACGAAUAAGCAAGCCCUGCUGCCUCUGCUCGGCCAAAUGCGGGCGAUCACGGGCCUGCCUGUGCUGGGAUCGUUGGCGGACCCAGCCGCUGGUAGCUCGCCCGAGACGGCCGGUCCCUCGGCACGCUACGGCUAUCUUCAAGUGCUGCGUGCCAAGCAGGGUGCUGCCUCGUUCCGGCUCCGUGCGGGUAUGCCGGUGGGCGUGCAGGCUGUCAUGUACGACGACGUGGCGUACGAGUUCAUCGAGACACUUACGACGUUCGUGCUUCCGCGUCUGCGUGGCUUUGCCGGCUUGCCGCUCCCUCCUGCGACACAGCCGCUGCUGAGUCCCGCGGCUGUGAGUGGUGUUGUCACGUUCGGCAUGGGACCAGAAGCGAUGCCGCUCUUUCCCCAGGUGGAAGUCAAUCUGGAUCAAUACCCCGGCCGUCGCUACGGAUUCCAAGUAGACUGCGUCACGAACCAGCGUGGCCGCCGUGCGACGGAGCGCGCUCGCACGCUGCUGAGCGGCCUGGGCCUGCCGUUUGUACGUCGUGGCACCGUCGCUUUGUAG